UCAACAUAAUUAUAUUGUCAUUCAAAGUAAAUUAUCCGAAUUGUGAGUGAUCAAUUCAGUCGUUUACUGUUGAUAAAUUAUUGGGGAUAACACACUCUUUUGUUGGAAUUUUCAUUCAAUUAAACCGUUUGAUUUUAUUUUUAAGUACAACAGUUAGCUUUCUUUUAGUGAGCUGGUAAAAAAAAGCAUUGGUUGAAGUUCGAACUUUGCGCCCUAUAAUAAUAAAUUUUCUUUAAUUAAAAUGGGUGAUGAUGCUGCUUCGUCCGAUACGACCAACAGGAGAGGAGCUAAUCUAGAUGCCCUAAAAGUGCAUAUUUUAACCCACAAAAUUGAUUGUGCGCUAUGGGCCAUACGAAUGUCCAUAAUAAUCUUCACCUUAGGAUAUUUCAUUCCAAUAUUUGGGAGUUCCCAAAGUGCCUAUAAUAAGGCCUUAGUCGCCAAUGCUGCUGUUAGUGCUUUGAGGUUACACCAAAGAAUUCCACAAUUCCAGUUUAAUAGGAACUUCUUUUCGGUGUUACUUCUAGAAGACAGCUGCCAUUAUCUUUUUUACUCCAUCAUAUUUAUGUAUGAUGUUCAGCCAGUAACACUUGUCCUGAUGCCGAUUGCAUUGUUUGCCAUAUUACAUUCUGCAAGCUAUUCUUUGACACUCCUUGAUACUCUGGGACAAAACUCGUGGUGGGGCGCUAGGCUCUUGAUUUCAUUGAUAGAAUUCCAGUCUUUGAACAUUCUACGAUUAGUUGCCUUUGUCGAAAUCAUAUUGAUGCCUUUCUCGAUCUUACUGAUAUUGUUAGGUAGGGCUAGAUUGAUGACACCCUUCAUCUACUACCAUUUCCUCGUCCAGAGGUAUACGUCAAGAAGGAACCCUUACACGAGAAACAUGUUCCGCGAAUUGAGAGUUCUAUUCGAAUCUACAGCGGCUAAGCCAAAUUUACCCGGAGUGCUUAAAUCUGCGCUCAUGACAGUAGUGGCCUUUACCAGUAAAUUAGCACCUCCAGUACAACAAGCUCCUCCUGCAGCAGCCCAGUAAAACAUAUUCGAAAUUAACAAAUUUUUUUCUAGUAUAACACCCGUGUGCAUACUUGUUAUCAAAGAAUAGAACUUGUAGCUCUUUUAUUUUUACGAUUUUUUCACCAGGAUCGUUUAACAAGCGUAUCAAUUUGAUAUUUGCAUUUAUCAUUGAUUUUCCGUUACAGUUUCGACAUAUUUCAGAUGCGAAAGAGAUUCUAUUUUUCGCUAGAUAAAAAAAAAGAGCUAUCGCUCUAUUCAAGUAAUAAAAAACAGUUGGGUAUUUUUGUGUCGAUCAAAUUUGUCACAUUGGAAUUUUUUAAGGUAUGAUGAAUAUAAUUUUACACCCCAGUGAUGUUCAUUAUCGGACUCGAAUGAAUCAAAAUGUGACUGAUAAUUGAUUAUUAAAUUUUGUAAUGAGUAGAAGUUUGCCUCAUUGUUAUAGAAUCUGCACUUUUUAUACUGAAACAUUAAUGAACUCUUAUAAUAUUCACUUAUAUAAUUUUUGUACAAUUUUUAUGGAAAUUUAUGUAUCUUAGCAGUAUUUCUCGUAUGGGUUAGGGGGGUUGAAGAAUUGUAAUUUUUUUCAUUUCUUUAUGGAAUUAUAGAGAAUAUUUUCUUCGAGAUAGACAUCCAAUUCAUUUCAUAAAUUAUAAGAAUUGAUGAGAUAAUACAACUUCAAAACCUAGAACAACUUUCAUGUUUUGUUAUUAUAUUUAUAUAAAUCUACAAGCUUGCAAUGAAUCCUUUUUUUUUUUUUGUAAUUUACGAUGUUAUGUUCUUGAUUACUUUCGCAGAGUGAAUUGGUCCUGUGAGCUUAAAGAUGGUAUGUUAUUUUGUUGUAUUUUGAAUAAAUUAAAUGGUUGAUGAUA